AACACAAUUUAAUAUAUAACGAAGCCCAUAACAUAACGCAUUAUGCAAAUAUCUCUCGUAUGACAUCCCAAAGAGUUUCACAAUAAGAUCUUCAGAGCAUUGACUUGAGAUGCAAGAACUGAACGAGUCUGUUUAGUCAUCCUUUUUCUUGGUCCUGUUUUAGUUCCAGUUGAAAUCUUCACUUAGGGGAGUUUUCUUUGCAUAGAGUCAGCUUUGAAGUAAAUGACUAUGACUUCUGAGACAGAGGAAGAGAACAGCAGCGACAUAGUUCCCCUAAGCGGAUCUUUUCGGUCGACCGACCACAAUCCUGUGAUGGAAAGCGUUGGAGACGCAGCCGGAUCCGGCGUAAGGAAGAAUCCGGAGAAAACACGGAAGGGCCUGGUGAACCAGAUCAAGCGCUUUGCAGGAAAGCCAGCUCGGUUGGACCGAUCAAAGUCAACGACCGGUCAGGCCUUGAAAGGGCUCAUGUUCAUCAGCAAAGCUGACGGUGGGGAUGGCUGGACCGCCGUGGAGAAGAGGUUUGAAAGGAUCACGAAAACUACUGAGGGAUUGCUGAUUAGGUCAAAGUUCGGUGAAUGUAUAGGAAUGAAGUCAAAGGACUUUGCUUUGGUUUUGUUUGACGCAUUAGCUAGAAGAAAGAAUAUGACAGGGGAAGUGAUUGAUAAGGUCAUUUUAAAGGAAUUCUGGGAACAAAUAAGUGAUCAAAAUUUUGAUUCAAGGCUUAUGAUAUUCUUUGACAUGAUGGAUAAAGACGGCGAUGGUAGACUAACUGAAGACGAAGUUAGACAGGUCAUCAAUCUUAGUUCGUCAACCAACAAUCUGUCGGCCAUCCAGAAAAAGGCAGAUGAAUAUGCAGCAAUGAUUAUGGAAGAGCUUGACCCAUAUAAUAUAGGAUACAUCAUGGUAGAAAGUCUUAAAAAUUUGCUUAUGAAAGCAGAAACAGAAACACUAGCUGAAAUCACAAAUAGCCAAGAUACAAAGCAAUUCAUUGAGAAGCUUAAGCCUACGCCUGAUCCUAACCCGUUAAGGAGAUGGUACCGUGGACUCGGAUUCUUUGUUCUAGAUAGCUGGCAGAGAAUUUGGGUGAUAGCGCUAUGGCUCAUUAUUAUGGCCAUCCUCUUUACAUACAAAUAUAUUCAAUACAAAAAUAGAGCAGUCUAUGAAGUGUUGGGGCAUUGUGUGUGUUUUGCUAAAGGUUCAGCAGAGACGUUGAAGCUGAAUAUGGCCUUGAUUCUGUUACCUGUAUGCAGAAAUACCAUCACAUGGCUUAGAAAUAACACUAGGUUGGGUGUUUUGGUCCCUUUUGAUGACAACAUCAACUUUCAUAAGGUUAUAGCAGUCGGAAUUACGAUAGGAGUAAGCAUACACUCGAUUGCCCACUUGGCUUGCGAUUUUCCACGGCUGAUCGCAGCAACUCCAGAGGAAUACAAGCCUCUAGGAAAAUACUUUGGAGAAGAACAACCUAAGAGAUACUCACAGUUUGUGAAAUCAACAGAAGGUAUAACAGGACUCGUAAUGGUUUUCUUGAUGGCGAUUGCUUUUACACUAGCACUGCCUUGGUUUAGACGAGGGAAGCUAGAGAAAACGCUUCCCGGGCCACUAAAGAAACUCGCUAGCUUCAAUGCCUUUUGGUACACUCAUCAUUUGUUCAUUGUAGUCUACAUUCUCCUUAUCGUUCACGGGUACUACUUGUAUCUCAGUAAGGAAUGGUACAAGAAAACGACAUGGAUGUUUUUAGCAGUACCAAUAGCUCUUUAUGCAUGCGAGAGACUAAUACGAGCAUUCAGAUCCAGCAUCAUGACGGUGAAAGUUGUUAACGCUGCGGUUUAUCCUGGAAACGUAACGACUUUGAAAAUUUCAAGGACUAAACACUUCAAAUACAAAAGCGGUCAAUACAUGUUUGUAAACUGCCCAAAAGUCUCACCAUUUGAGUGGCAUCCAUUUUCAAUAACUUCUGCACCACAAGACGGCUAUUUGAGCGUACAUAUAAAAGCAGACGGAGAUUGGACAAAGGCUAUUAAAAGAGUUUUCUCUCAGGUGAUCUCUAAACAAACUCCGGUUAGAGACACGUCGCAUGGUGCAAAUAAUCCCAAUUACCCCAAAAUCAUGAUUGAUGGUCCGUACGGCGCACCAGCACAAGAAUACAAGAAAUACGAGGUGGUUUUGCUGGUCGGUCUUGGGAUCGGUGCCACUCCGAUGAUCAGCAUUAUUAAGGACAUUAUCAACAAUAUGUAUGCCAUGGAAAACGCUAAACUCCACCAAAUGGAGAAUGGAUUGCAAAGGGAGCAACAAGACAAAAACGAAAAAUUCAAGACGCGAAGAGCUUACUUCUACUGGGUAACGAGGGAGCAGGGCACGUAUGAUUGGUUCAAAAACAUCAUGAACGAAAUCGCAGAACGUGACGUAAACAAAAUCAUAGAACUACAUAACUAUUGCACUAGCGUAUUCGAAGAAGAUGACGCUCGCUCUGCCCUCGUACGUAUGCUUCAGUCCAUAGCUUAUGCCAAGAGUGGUAAGGACAUUGUCUCUGACACAAGGGUCAUGUCCCACUUCGCCAAACCUAAUUGGGAAGACGUGUACAACAAGAUAGCCAUGGAUCAUCCAGAUGGCACUAAUGUUGGAGUGUUCUAUUGUGGAUCUCCCGUAUUGACAAAGGAGUUAAGGCGUCUAGCUUUGGAAUUCACACACAAGACAAAGAUUAGAUUCUCCUUCCACAAAGAGAACUUCUAAUUAAGGACGAUGAAGGUUAUAUCCACAAUGCUGAUAUAAGCAUGUUGACUAACAAGAUAAUGAAAAUUACUGUGGAGAGCGUAAGUGUGUUAUGUUUGUGUUUAAGUUUUUAAUUUGUGUGGUUGGUUUUGUUCUUCUUUUCUGAAUACAACGUGGAUGGUGAUAAGGUGAAAGUGUGUUUUUUUUACAUCAAGAACAAAGUGUGUGUUGAGAGAUUUUUUAUUUUAAGUAUUCAGUAUUCAAAACUAA